AUGGGGAAAAUAGACAGAAAGGAGGGUAAAGAGAGGAAGAAGGCUGACAACCGGGACUACGAGGAAGCGGAGGAUAAUGGGGAGGAGGACCCCAUGAUCCUGGAGGAGAUUGAGCCAGAAAAGGAAAAGGAAGUUGUGGAGAAGCCCAGUAAAAAGCAUGAUGGACGGCGUCGCAUAAAGCGCGAUGGCCUGAUGAAGGUUUACGUGUUUCAGCUGCUAUCGCGUGCCAUCUUUGAGGCCUCGUUCCUGUUCGGGCAGUAUGUCCUUUAUGGGCUGGAAGUGGUACCGUCGUAUGUAUGCACACGCUCUCCUUGUCCGCACACAGUGGAUUGCUUCGUCUCACGUCCUACAGAGAAAACAAUCUUCCUGCUCAUCAUGUAUGCAGUCAGCUCCUUGUGUCUGCUCUUCACCAUAUUGGAGAUCCUUCACCUUGGCAUCAGCGGUAUUCGGGACUGCUUUUGCACACCACGGCCUCGACCUCCGACCCCCCGUCAUGCAGCUCUGGCCAGCCACAGAACCUCCGUAUCCCGCCAGCCCUCCGCCCAUCCGGGUUACCACACAGCUCUGAAGAAGGACCCAUCGGGGAAGAUGGGCUUCAGGGACAACCUGGGAGACUCGGGUCGCGAGUCUUUCGGGGACGAGGCUUCAUCAAGGGAGCUGGAGAGGCUGCGUCGACACCUUAAACUGGCCCAACAGCAUCUGGAUCUGGCUUACCAGAACGAGGAGGGCAGCCCGUUACGCAGCAGCAGCCCAGAGUCCAACGGCACCGCAGUUGAGCAGAACAGAUUAAACUUUGCCCAGGAGAAGCAGAGCAGCACGUGUGAGAAAGGUCUCCGUGCAUAGGUUCUCAGCAGCCCAGCUGACACAGUAGAUUCAAAUUCACAUUAGGAUCAGUGAGCGGACAUAAGGGAAUCAAGCGUGUGUGUGUGUGUUUGUGUUUGUGACAUGAAUAUGCUUGAGGUGGAUGAAGUCAGCCCAAGCUUUCCAGUGUUACGGUCAAACGAGGAGGAGAAUGGUCAUCUCAACCCAGCAAUACUUGAGACACCAGCCUGUCUGAAGAUCCAAAGUGCUUACAAACUACCGUCGCACAGCAAGAACGGUUAAGGUUAAAGUGUAUUUCUCCCUUAGGGCAGCUAUUGUGU